AACGCCUAUCUAUUCUCGGAGGUCUCAAAAAUUUGAUUUUCAAUGAUCAAUGUGAUGUUUUAUUGCAUAAAUGAAGCUAUAUUUGCUAUUAUUUCGUGAUUAUAAAGUGUUUUCCGAUUAGUGUGACGCCUGCAGUAUCUACGUGUCGCAGAAAUCAAUAAUAUCAUUUACCUUUUUUGCCGUGUUCCCGACGCCAUAGUAUUGCUUAAACAAUGGCCCAGCAAGAAAGAUAUGUGAAUGUGGUGCCCACCUCCCGUGUGAAGAUAAAGAAAGAAAUUCUCCAAGAUGAAGACGACGCCUACCACUGCCGCCUCUGCUGGAAAGGGUUCGCGAGCGAGGUGGCUCUGCGCAACCACGCGCGCAUGGAGCAUAUAGACGCCUACAACACCGCCGACCCCGCCGUGUGGACGCACUAUAAUGAGCAGCAGACAAAGAAAUCAGAAGAAAACCUGAUAAAAAUGAAAACAGAUAAAAUGCUCUCCGAGAUGGAACCCACCAGCGUAAUGGCUCUAGCUUCCAAGAACGUCUCCUACAUCAUUAUAAAGCAUGAGGAACCAAACGAUGUUAAGAGGAAGAAGAUAGACAAGGGGAUUAGACAGAAGGAGAGAGAAGAGAAACCGCCGAUUAAGAAGGAAAAGGAGUCUGAGCCUAUUACAGGACCAUUCGAGUGUCUCCAACCUUCAACCCUGGUAGCAGACGGUACCUGCCACCAGAUAUUCUUCUCAUGCUGCGAGUACUCCAUACAUUAUCGUGAUGAGCACACGAGGAGACGGAAGGGGUUGAGGUGCCAGGUCUGUGAGAAACCUCUCGCUUGUUCCGGGGAGCAAGUACCGGCGCCUUAUGCUUGUGAGGUAUGCGGCAUGGGUUAUCAGACCAACAAGGAGCUGUCAGAACACACAGCCAUCGCUCAUGUCAAGCUAAAACCCUUCGAGUGUAACGUCUGCCAUAAGAGAUUUACACAGCAUGGCGGAGUCCUACAACACAUGAGGAUGCACACCGGAGACCGUCCAUUCCCCUGCACAUUCUGCCCAAAAGCCUUCACCCAGAAGUCCGGUCUCGACCAGCACCUCCGGAUCCACACCAAAGUUAAACCCUACCGCUGUGUGGUCUGCAAUAAGACAUUCUGCCAAUCGGUGCAUUUAAAACAGCAUAUGCGAACACAUACCAACGUAGCACCUUUUCAGUGUGGUAUCUGCGAUAAACGGUUCAAGCAAAGCAGUCACUUAAACUAUCAUUUGAAGAAUCACAACCCAGCGGUGAUGACGGAGGACCAGAGAGCCAAGUAUGCAGAGCUGAUCGGUCUGAUGAAUAAUCAGGCUUUGGAGCAGGAGGCUACGGUGCAGGUGGAAGCGGAAGUAGACAGCGAGUGGUGUGUUGCUAUAAAUGAAAGUUGACAGUGUUAAAAAGUGAUAAAAAGUGUUGAGUCUGGUGAAAAAUUGGUUUUUAGGGACAAUGUUCGGAGUGAAAAAUUUGUCCUCUAUAAGCAGAUCAGUCAGCUGCGCAGGACAUGUUAUAGUACACAAGUGUUUGUGCAAAGCAUGGGGAACAAAAUAACUAGUGGAGAUGUCACGUCGCAAAUCUCCUAAGAAAGUAGAGCUACAACAUGCCUUCUUUGGAACUCAGGCCGAUUGUCGGCCAUAGCUGUUCUCAUAUAAGGAGAUCUGGAAGUUGGUGAUUGAUUCACCUGUGCAUCGGAGAGCAUGUUAAUGUCGGUCCUGCUUGUGAUCUCUCUCCGGUGGUGUCGGAUUGUCGUCCCAUCGCGCUAUGAGAGUGAAGGAAUAGUGAGUGCACUUUGUAACUAAAGCUGUUUCAGAGGGCACAUUAAACUGUAGGUCCAGGCUGUCAUGGAACAUCCUUGGCAGUCGUUACGGGUAGACAGACACCAGUAAGUCUAGCACCAGUCUAUCCAAGGUACUGGGUUGCCGGGGUAACUGGGUUGAGGAGAUCAGAUAUGCAGUUGCUCCUUGUAAAAUACUGGUACUCAGCUGCAUCCGGUUAGACUGGAAGCCAAUGAUGAAAUGACUAGGCAUAUAGUUGUGUAUAUUUGUAAAGCAUUUAUUGGGAAGAAAAGCAAUAGUAAGAGACUAUUUUAACAAUAGUUUUUUUUAUUUAAUUUAGGAUUUUAGUAAACAUGCAUGGAAUAUGAAAUCAAUAAAAUAUUUGAGAUAAAAAUAAUAUGUAAAAUUUCUAUACAUAAGAUGUAUUGUAUGUAAAUAGAAAUGAACAUAUGUUUUUCUUGAAUGUAAAUACAUACUAUAUAUCGUGCUUUUUUGCCAAAACUACUGAAUAGAUUGCUUACUUUGGGGAGGUUUGGUCAAUUGAGGCUAAGCAUGGAAAACAAAAUGACUAGCGGAGAUGUCAAAACGCAAAAUCUCCUAAGAAAGUAGCGCGACAACAUGCGGGGCGAGGGGGACGAGGAACGUUACUAGCUCCGGACAAACACGCCUUCUAUAGAUUUCACCCAUUAUUUUCUAAACAAAAUCACCCAUCUUUGAGAGAUUGGUUUUGAUUUGACAAGGAACCCGAACGCCUCGUUAGUUCUAGUAACUGAUCACGGCUACCGUACGUUUCUUGAGCUACAAGAAGGCGCCUGACCUACCAGGGCCCCGAUUCUCCUAAGUUAAUAAUGUCAAAAUCGAAUAGAAAUCGACUCGUAAUACGAUCAUACGUAAUAGCAGUUUUAACCAUAUCGGGCAUUCUGCUACUAAUAAAAGACCAAUCGUAUUCGAUUGACAUUUGAUUGGUGUGCGAUUGGUCUGCUAUUUUGAUGAUUUUGGACUAUACGCUAGUUUGCUGUACAAUCAUUUGGCAAUCGUAAAUCAUUUGCAGACAAAAUGAUUCAUUAUUGAAUGACAGAAAAGGAUAAACACGUUUAUUUCAAAGAAAAAAUAGCGGAAUGCCACAUACGCUUCAAUCGUAAUCGAGUCGGGAUUGGAUCUCAGUCGAAUCGAGUCGAACGUCAAUCGAAGGGCGCUUAAGUAAAAUUAGGAGAAUCGGGCCCCUGCCUUAUGGCAUCUCCGCUAUCUUUCCUUUCUCCAUGUUCUCUAUGCAUGCAAGUUUAAAACAAUUGUAUAAUAUAUGUUUACUAUAUGUUAGUACAUUAUUUUACAUAAAUAUUAUAAUAGUGAGUAAGUACUUUAAAAUGCAUUGGUACUGCCUGAAUUAUUUUAUAUUUACCUACACUUCAAUGUGAUUUCAAUAAAUGAAUUUUUAGUAUA